AUGUCGUCAAUGUUCAUACUUGUGAAGGACAUCAAACCUCAACACCAGCUCAGGGCAGUUCGCCUUAGAGCAGUCAGGGUAUUCGAAGUUCCAGAGAAAAGGGGAGAGGGUCACAGCAGUAAGAGUAUGGAAGUGUUACUGCAUGAUGAAGAGGGAAGCUAUAUUCAUGCUACCGUUCAAAAAAAAAAAAAAGAUGUGGUGAAAUAUAGAGAAAUAUUCAAGGAGGGAAAACUGUUCGAAAUAAAAAAUUUCAUGGCUGCGACAAAUUAUUAUGUGUACAAGAUUACACAGCAUGCGUAUAUGAUCAAACUGAACUACAGAACAGAAGUGAAGGAGAUAAACACUUUAGGAUUUUCUUUUAAAAUGUUUCGAUUAAAGAGUUUCAUUUCUUUAAAAGACACUGCAGAUGUGAGCGACAAGGAACUGAUUGAUGUUAUUGGUCGUGUCAUUGAGAUCUAUAAUCCUGUGGAUAAGAUUAUAGGUGGAAAGGCAACCAAACUGAUUGACUUUCAAAUUGAAGAUAAUGCUUAA